AUGGUCGCUCAAGGACUAAAUGCCAACGUUCUUGUCUCAUCAAAUACAAGAGUGGAAGAAAGUGUAGUGCGUAAUGAGAACAAUCCAUUGAAUUACUCAAGUAUGGAAGAAUAUGUUACUUUGCAACAAGGUUCUCGUUCCAUUACGUCGAUUCUUAUUGCUAAUAAUGGGAUCUCAGCUGUAAAAGCUAUUCGUAGUAUACGUAGUUGGUGUUAUGAAAUGUUUGCAAAUGAACAUAUGAUUACAUUUGUUGUCAUGGCGACACCGGAAGAUCUUCAAGCGAAUGCAGAAUAUAUUCGAAUGGCUGAACAUGUUGUCGAAGUACCUGGUGGGUCAAAUAAUCAUAAUUAUGCAAAUGUUUCACUCAUUAUUGAAAUUGCAGAACGCUAUAAUGUUGAUGCUGUAUGGGCUGGAUGGGGUCAUGCUAGUGAAAAUCCAGUCUUACCAGAUUCACUUAUGCAAACGGAACGGAAGAUUAUUUUUAUUGGACCACCUGCAAAACCCAUGCGUGCAUUAGGUGAUAAAAUUGGCUCAACGAUUAUUGCACAAAGUGCAAAAGUACCUACGAUUGCUUGGAAUGGAGAUGGAUUACAAGUUAACUAUAAGAAACAUGAUGGUAUUCCAAAGGAGAUUUAUGAAACAGCUAUGUUACGUGAUGGACAACAUUGUCUUGAAGAAUGUAAACGUAUUGGUUUUCCAGUCAUGAUUAAAGCCAGUGAAGGUGGAGGUGGUAAAGGUAUUCGAAUGUGUCAUGAAGAAUCGCAAGUCUUAAGUGCCUGGGAGGCCGUGCGUGGUGAAAUCCCUGGUUCACCGAUCUUUGUCAUGAAAUUAGCACCGAAAUCACGUCACUUGGAAGUACAGCUUUUAGCAGAUGUUUAUGGCAAUGCUAUUGCACUUAGUGGCCGUGACUGUUCCAUCCAACGUCGUCAUCAAAAGAUUGUAGAGGAAGGACCAGUGCUUGCUCCGUCUGACGAAGUGUGGGAGAAGAUGAUGCGUGCUGCGACACGUCUUGCUCAGGAAGUUGAAUAUGUUAACGCUGGUACAGUCGAGUACCUUUUCAGUGAGGUGUCGGAGGACAAUGGCAACUCGUUCUUCUUCUUAGAGCUUAACCCUCGUCUCCAGGUAGAGCAUCCAGUGACAGAAAUGAUUACUCAUGUGAACUUGCCCGCUGCUCAGCUGCAAGUGGCUAUGGGUAUUCCACUAUACUGCAUCCCGGAUGUGCGUCGUCUAUACAAUAAGGAUGCGUUUGAAACGACUCCGAUUGAUUUUGACACGGAAAAGCAAAAGCCUCCGCAUGGUCACGUCAUUGCUGCACGUAUUACUGCUGAGGACCCGAAUGCUGGCUUUCAGCCUACUAGUGGUGCAAUCCAAGAGCUCAACUUUCGCAGUACGCCGGAUGUAUGGGGCUAUUUCUCGGUUGACUCGUCCGGACAAGUGCAUGAGUUUGCUGACUCACAGAUUGGUCACUUGUUUUCGUGGAGCCCAACCCGAGAGAAGGCCCGAAAGAACAUGAUCCUUGCGCUGAAGGAGUUGUCCAUUCGUGGUGACAUCCACACGACCGUCGAGUAUAUUGUCAACAUGAUGGAGUCCGAUGAUUUCAAGUAUAACCGCAUCUCCACGUCAUGGCUAGACGAACGUAUUUCGCACCACAAUGAAGUGCGUCUGCAAGGCCGCCCAGACCCAUUGAUGGUAGUCCUCGUAGGUGCUGUGUGCUGUGCAUACCAGGCAUCUAAUAUGCUUCAGGAGGAGUACGUGAGCCAGGUUGAGCGCGGUCAGCUUCCUCACAACGAUUUGUUGUCUCAAGAGGAAUCGCUUGAGCUUAUAUACGAGGGCAUCAAGUACAACAUCAAAGCGUGCCGCAGCGGUCCAAUCCAGUUUACAUUAUUCUGCAACGACUCCUACGUGCAGGUAGAGAUUCGCACGCUGUCGGACGGUGGUUUCCUUGUCCUGCUAAAUGGCAAGUCGCACGUUGCGUACGCUACCAAGGAGGCACAGGGCCUACGUCUUGUCGUUGACAGCCACACGUGCGUGUUCACCAAGGAGUACGAUCCUACGCGAUUGGUGACCAACACUGCUGGUAAGCUCGCUCGCUACCUAGUAGACGAUGGCGCUAGUCUGCGUCGUGGCAUGCCGUACGCUGAGAUCGAAGUAAUGAAGAUGUACAUGCCACUGCUUACUCCGGAAGCUGGUGUGAUUCGUUUGCUCAAGUCCGAGGGCGCCGUUCUGGCGCCUGGCGACUGCAUUGCUACCAUGGAGCUUGAUGAUCCGUCAUGCGUGAAGAAGUCGGACAUUUACAUGGGUAAGCUCCCAUCGUUGGAGAUUACAAACGGAAACAGCACCAAAGCUGUGCACAAGAUGCGCAAGGCAUUAGCACUUCUGAAAAGUGUGCUGCAAGGCUACUUUGCUCCUGAGGACCUCACGCAGAAGGCACUAGUCAGCUUGUUUCAGGUGCUGAGUGAGCCCAUGUUACCUGUAGAAGAGAUCAAAGAGGCUAUGUCGUCACUUGCUGGCCGCAUUCCGCUUAAUGUGUUUGCAAAGAUCACGGACAAGGUUCAGACGUUUAAGAAGGCAGUGGCCGAAGAUCCCACGGCUACUCAUGAGUUUGACGUGUCAGAGGUGAUCGAGAUCCUCGAUGAGCACAAGAAGACGCUGACGAAGGACCGCCAGCGUUCAGACUUCGAGGCCUCAGUAGUGACGCUCCGUGACAUUGCUACGAAGUACAAGCACGGUCUGCAGUCUGGCGAAGAGGCUGUGCUUACGGAGUUGAUAAACGAAUACUUUACUGUUGAAACUGUGUACGCGAACUCGCACAACGUCGAAGAUGUGGUGAUGGCUUUGCGUCAGCAAAACUCGGCCGACAUAAGCAAGGUGUUUGCUAUCGCUCGUUCGCACAAGGCUUUGGAAGCAAAGAACAAGCUGCUGUUGCAGCUGCUUGGUCAGAUGGCGCGUGGCACUCCUCGCAAAUCAGUGAAGGCGGCAGCGUUUGUGCCACUUCUUGAGAAACUUGCAACAUUCAAGGAGAAACAGUAUUCGCUCGUAGCACUGGAGGCGCGUCAGCUUUUGAUUGACAACAAGAUGCCGUCAUACCGUGACCGUCUGAGCCAGGUAGAGACAGUGCUCAAGAACUACAUUGCUGACGAUUCAUCGAGCGACCUUGCUGCUGCCUGCAGUAACCUUCUAGACCAGUCGCAGCCGCUCUUCGACCUGCUCGUUUCUCUCCUCGAUCACGAGGAACAGCAUGUCCGUGAGUUGGCUCUUGAAUUGUAUGCGCUACGUGUAUACCGCUCGUACGUCAUCGAGUCGAUGGAGACCAUUACAUUUAACGAUAUUUUCGCAAAGACUUUUCAAUUCAAGUCGCCUGUUGUCGAUGCGUUAGCCGUUGGAGUUGCCCCUGCGGAGAGCUAUGACGACCUCGCGAGCCUGCUGCGUCGCAACAGCUCUGCGAGCUCGCUGGACUUUCACAGCUCGGAGGAACUUAGUGAUGAUCAGGAAGCUGUUGGAAAGCCGCUUGCCAAGCCUACUGAUGGCUACCAAAAGAUCUCUCCGGAUUUUGAGCGUCAUGGUGCCAUCGCUCGUCUAGAGAACCUGGAUGCAUUUCAGAAGUCGUUCACGGACAUCAUGAGCUUGUUUCCGCUCGCGAAAAAGACGCUGUCGGUGCGUAAGCACCCGCUCGUAAACGUCCUGCAUGUUCUUCUCGUGGAUGAGCACUUGGACGAGGCGAACUUGUUGGAGCAGGCACAAGUCUACCUCAAGUCGGUGGACCAGGACUUGCGUGCGCACAACAUUCGUCGCGUAACGUUUUCUGUGCGUCCACAGAACAUUGAGAACAUCUCUGCGCACAAUGCUGAUAUGGCGCUAUAUCCAAACAUAUACACUUUCCCUGGCCGCCUAAACUACAAGGAAGACAAAAUCUUACGCCACAUGGAGGCACCGCUUGCUUACAAGCUGGAGCUGCGUCGUCUGCAGAACUACAGUGUGACCCCGUUGACAUCGGAGAACAAGAAUGUGCACUUGUACCUGGCCAAGAUUAAGGAGUCCGACUCCCACAUCGUGACCGAUCGCUUCCAGCGCAUUUUUGUGCGUGCCGUUGUGCGCCAACUGGACCACGAUGGCGGCAGCUCUCGCUCGCAGUAUGAUGCUUACCCUGGUCCGGAGCGCUCGCUCGUGGAUGCUUUGAACGCCCUGGAGGUCAACCUGGCCAACCCUUUGGUCAAGAAGUCGCAGAUGCCGACGAAAAACAACCACGUGUACCUGAAUAUCCUGCCGCAAGCAAUUGUGGAUCCCCAGUAUCUCGAAGGUGUGAUUCGCAUUUUGGCGUACCGUUACGCCGAGCGCCUGGAACAACUGGGCGUUUCAACAGUGGAGCUCAAGAUUAUUGCGCGUUUCAACAGCGAAGCGCCGGCGAUCCCUGUGCGUCUCGUGGCUGAGAAUCCGACGGGCUAUGUGGUCCGUGUGCAGGCGUAUGUUGAGGCUGCUGGUCACGACGAGCCUAUCUUUACCUCCAUUGGUGACGAAACUCAUGGCGAGCUUGACGGUUUACCGGUUACGACACCGUACCCAAUUGUGUUCCCGUUCGAUAAGAAGCGUCAGAUGGCUAAGGCUAUGUCCAACACAGUGUACGUGUACGACUUCCUUGAGCUCAUUGAGUACAACUUGCUGCGUCAAUGGCGAAAGUACGUGCAGCAACGUACGCGCGGUGGCGGUGCAAAGAUCACCAUCCCCAACCUGCUUAUGGAGACGCACGAGUUGGUCCUCGAUGCAACGAGCAAAACGUUGACAGAAACAUCGCGUCCUCGAGGCCAAAACGAUAUUGGCAUGGUUGCCUGGCUGCUGACGCUGUACACGCCGGAGUUUCCGGAAGGUCGUGAGAUCAUCAUCAUUGCUAAUGACAUCACGUUCAAGGCCGGUUCCUUUGGUACUCGCGAAGACAAACUUUUCGACUUGGCAUCGAAGUUGGCUCGAUCGAAGGGCAUUCCUCGAUUCUUCUUCUCUGCAAACGCUGGUGCCCGUAUAGGCAUGGCUGAGUCCAUCAAGGCACUGUACCGGAUCUGCUGGAAAGACGAGAGUAACCCGACGAAAGGCUUCGAGUAUCUGUACCUGACACCCGAGGACUACAAGGUUGCGUCGUCUGAGGGUUCUGUCAAUGCCGAGCUGCUAGUGACCAACACGGGUGAGGAGCGCUAUGUGCUGAAGGAUAUUGUCGGCCGCGAGAUCGAUCUGGGUGUAGAGUGCUUGCGUGGAAGUGGUACUAUUGCCGGCGAAACAUCGCGUGCCUACAAGGAUGUGUUCACGUUGACGUAUGCCUGUGGCCGUAGUGUAGGCAUCGGUGCCUAUUUGGUACGUUUAGGUCAGCGUACGGUCCAGAACGCUACACACUCGCCAAUCAUCCUCACGGGCUACCAGGCACUGAACAAGCUUAUGGGUAAGGAGGUGUACACCUCGAACGAUCAGCUGGGUGGUGUAAAGAUCAUGCACACGAAUGGUGUGACCCAUUUAACGUCAAAAAACCACUUGUCGGGCAUUUACUCGAUUCUCGAGUGGCUGAGCUUCGUCCCGGCGGUCCGCCGCGGUCCUCUGCCGAUCCGCGACCUAACGGGGGUAGACGAGAUCGAGCGCACGGUGGACUUCUGCCCAAAGGACAAGAGCACGCAGUACGAUCCACGCGCUCUACUGGCGGGUAAGACUGACGAGGUGACAGGCAAGUGGGUAUCGGGCCUUAUGGACAAGAACUCUUUCCGUGAAACGCUUGGCGGCUGGGCGAAGAGCGUGAUUGUUGGACGUGGCCGACUCGGUGGCAUCCCGUGCGGUGUGGUGGCCACCGAGGUACGUACCUCCGAGAAAGUCAUUCCUGCUGACCCGGCAACGCCGGCAUCACAAGAGACUUUGUUGCAACAGGCUGGUCAGGUAUGGUUCCCGGACUCGGCCCAUAAAACAGCUACUGCCAUAAAGGAUUUCAAAGGCGAGGACCUGCCGCUGUUUAUUUUAGCAAAUUGGCGCGGUUUUUCUGGUGGUCAGCGCGAUAUGUUCGACGAAGUGCUCAAAUUUGGUGCUGCCAUCGUGGACGGUCUUGUCGACUACGAGCAGCCCGUGUUUGUGUACAUUCCGCCGUUUGCUGAGCUACGUGGCGGUGCAUGGGCCGUGGUUGAUCCUACCAUCAAUGAGGGUAUCAUGGAGAUGUACGCGGACGUACAGGGCCGUGGUGGUGUGCUCGAGCCUGCUGGUCUCAUCGAGAUCAAGUACCGCAAGGCGCAGCUUUUGCAGACCAUGCACCGUCUUGAUGACAAGCUGAAGCAACUCACUGCUCGCCGGGCUAAGCUAUCACCUGAUGAGAAAGGAACAGAGAGUGCUAAGAUUUCGGCUGAGAUCAAGGCCCGUGAGGACACCCUGCUGCCGAUCUACGUGCAGGUGGCGACAGAGUUUGGCGAUCUUCAUGACAGACCUGGUCGUAUGAAGUCUGUGGGCUGCAUCCGUCAGGUUGUGCCUUGGUCGAACUCGCGCAAGUUCUUUUACUGGCGUCUGAAGCGCCAGCUUGCAGAAUUUUCGCUGCGCCGCAAAGUCGUGGCAGCCAGCGCUAACGGUCCGCGCGCGGCAACGUUUUUGGGCUCGGAGCAGAUACUAAAGGGCUGGUUUACGGAGGCUGUAAACGGUGGUCGUGUGCCUCGUCAGCAGAAUGUGUCCGUGUCCGAGCUUUGGUCGCAUGGUGACUCGGAUGUGUUGCUGUGGCUGUCGAGUGACAAGGAAUGGAUUUCUUCGCGUGUGACAGAACUUCGCCAAGAGCAAAUGGCCUCGCAAGUUGUUGAGAUUGGCCGCAAGGAUCCCAAGGCUGCUGUGGCUGGUAUCCUUGAGGUGUUGAAUCUGCUUAGCGACAAGGAUCGCGAGGAGGCUGUGGCUGCAUUGCGUCGUGGCUCUAUCUUCCACAAGUAA